AUGGGGCAGAAGGCGUUCAGCCGUACAAGCUUGGGCACCAGCCUGGCGCAUGUCAAAUUCAACUUACCAAGAGCUUUAGCAAGGGCUCAGGUGGGAAUCACGCCGUUGGGGUCUUUCAACGACAACCACGACGACGACGACAACAACGACGACAACGACGACGACAACGACAACGACAGCGACAGCGACAGCGACAGCGACAGCGACAGCGACAGCGACAGCGACAGCGACAGCGACAGCGACAACAACAACAAGAAGGAAAGCAAGAAGGGAGUAAAGUCUUGGCUCACGUCAUUUGCGGUUUGGAACGAAAAUUGUGAAGCACGACAUCGGCAUUGA